AUGAGUUUAUCAAUAAUCAGUCAACACUGUAAAACUAUACAAGAACAAUAUAGCAUAAAUGUUGAAUUAAAACUUUUGCUUGAUGAUAUUGUACAAGAAUUAAAUAAAUUAAAAGAAAACGAUAAUAAUGAAGAUUUAUUUUAUAAUAGUCUACAAGAAAUUCUUCUUAUUAUAAAUAAUGUUGAUACAUCUCUGUUAAAUCAUGAAUUAUUUUUCAUACUUCGAGAUAUAUUAGCAACAUUGUUUUCGAAAUGGAAUAAUUUAAGUGAACAAGAAGCAGUAAUAUUUCAAAUGAUUAAUACUCAUUUUUAUAAUAUUCUAAAUGCUAUUGGUGAAACAAAUAUAGAAGAAUAUAAAAUUUUAUUCUGCAAUAAAACAUUGAUCGAUUCAAUAAUAUUAUGUGUUGAUAGUCUAGCUACAAAUGAUGAACAGUACAAAUCUGAUACAAAUCUAUCGAUUCUUAAUUGUAUGAUAAUUGGAUUGAAUCAUUUGCAGGUAAAACAAAAACAACUACAAGAUGAUUCUACAUUAUUAGCACUAUUAGAUUCACUAGUAAAUUUAAUUUGUUCACACUAUUACGUUGACGCACUCAAAGAUUUGGAGUUAGAGUCAACAUCGAUAACCAUAGCACAAGAUUUUCUAUUAGAAACAUGUCCAUUGUAUAUUGUUACUUACGAUGGUACACGAGAAGGAGAUAUUUCGGAGACAAUAUCUAAUUUUCUAUUUCCUAGUCACUGUUUGGAUAUAUUCCAAAGAUUUACAUCGACAAUAUCUUCAUGGACAAAUAUUGUCAUUCGAUGUAUGUCAAGUUUAAUGUCUAUUUUGCAAUAUAUUGUAUUUAGAGAUAAUAGAAAACUCUAUGGUUAUAUACAUUUAAGAUUAGUUGAUCAUAUUUAUAUUAUUUUAAAUGGAUUUACAAUAGAAAAUAUCGAAGAUAAUGGAUAUUUGAAAAAUUUUAUUUUAUAUACAAUUAUUUAUUUGUAUAGUUUUACAGUUGAUCUACCAUUAUUAACAUAUAUUAAACAAGAAAAAGAUUUUAUACCAAUAUUAUUAAAAUUAAUAGAAGUAAAUAAUAGCAUAAUACAAGUAAAUGCUUAUCGUGUUUUAGCAACAAUUCUAAGUGAAGAUGAUGUAAAGCAAUUAGAAAAUCCAAGCAAAAUUACACAAGUAUUUGUUGAAUACAUUGCGUUACAUAUUGAUAAUAUGUACAGAAAAAACAUAUUAGAAACUACAUUACUUGGUCUGAUAAGUACGUUCUUGUGUGGUAUUUGUUGA